GCAGCUACUAAGUGUUUGAAAAUGUUUAAAAGCAAUCCUAGAGUACAUAAAAUUUUAAGACAUGAUUAUGGCUUAAAGAACUUAAAUAAAGCCAAUGGUGUUUUAGAAUACAAUGAAGAAGUUAAACUAUAUUUUAACCUUACAAAUUGUGUGCACAGUAACUUGGGGUGCUCAAAAUGUAUAUGCAAAGAAAAAUCUUAAGCAAGAUGAAGAUAAGGAGGAGAGUCUUUAUAGAAAUGUGCUCCCAUAUAUAAAAGAAAUAACUUUAUCUGCUGGCCUCACAAAACAAGAAUUAAAAAUGCCAUUCAAACACAAAGAUAAGCUCAACCAUGUAAAAAACAUUCAACUGCUAACUGAGUUAGAUAAAAAAGUGCUUCCAUGGUUAAAUGAAGUGACUUUAAAGGUAAAUAAAAUAGCAGAGACCAAGACAGAUAAAAUAAAAUUUCGUAAAAAAAAUCAAAACCGUAUUAUGGGACCAUCAGCACUGAAUUCAGAUCAGACUUUCUUGGUAGAUACAAAAAAACAUGUAAAAAAAAAAAACGAAACCAAAAAACUUAAUGACAAUCUAAACAACAUAGAAAGUUUUCAUCAAGAAAAUUCCGAACCACCACCACUACAAGAUUUAGAAACGCCUCACCUGGAUGAUACGCACUUAAAAGAUUUUGAUGAAACACAGCUCCAGGAUACAAACACAAAAUCGGAAUACAAUCAAAAUAUUUUGCUUGAAGACAAUCAAAAUAAAAUAUCACUUGACGUUGCAUCAGAGGUUGCCAAGUUAACAAAUCAAAUAGCUGAAUUCCAGCAAGAAGUUGUAACAGAGAAAAAUACUAAGAAAUUCAAAGUUAAAAAACACCCAGAGAAAAUUCAUGCUGAAACACAAAAAACUUCUGAAUUUAACGAGUCAUCUAGUAAGACUAAACUAAAUGAAAUACAAAAAAAAAAAACAAAGAAAGUAACUUUAAAAGAGAAGAACCUUGCUGAUAAAAUAAACACAAAAAAAACAUCUAAAAAACAACUGAAAACCGUGAAGCUCAUAGUCGGAGGAAGUAUAGGACUAGAUGGAAUUAUAAGGUAUAAAGUUGAAGAAGAAAUUUGCACAUUUAAUGAGUCAUUCAAUGAAAUAAAAAAGUUUUUUGAUCCAGCUGAUCAUGUUAUAAUAAACUUAGAAUCAUCAAUUGGAUCCAGUGAAAACAACAUGGAUGACAAUAAUGCCUCAAUAACAGAUCAAGAAGCUGUUCAAGCUCUACUAUAUGCUGGUAUUGAAACAGUUGUUCUAGCAAAUGCAUAUAUCCUAGAAAAUGGACUUAAUGCUGUAACUACCACCAAUGACAUUUUAACUAAAAAUAAUCUUUUGGUAUCAGGGUUAACAGAAAACAACAAACAACAGGAACCAGUGGUUUUUGCAAAUAAUGGUAUAACAAUAGGAAUUUUGUCUUAUUGUAUUUCUAAUGAUGGUUGCUUGAAAAAUGAAAAUGAAACUGGAAUUAAACCAGCUGCUUUUAAUGAAGAACUAAUAAAAAAUGAAGUAACUGAACUGAGAGAAAGUGGCAUUGAUAUUAUAGUGGUUUACUUACAUUGGGAAAAUGAAGAAUCAUUGAUGAAAGUUGCUGAAGUCAAAGAACUAGUCCAAAACCUAUCUAGCAUAAAAAUUGAUGCACUAGUAGGAUGUCACCCUUUAAUACAAAAUCAUUAUUUUUAUGAAAACAUGUUGGUUUUUUUCAAUCUAGGAAAUCUUCUGACACCAAUGCAUGUGCAUUUUUCAAAAAUAGAAUCUCAUGCUGGCAUAUCUGAAAAACAAGUCAAUAAACUAUUUGGAAAACGAAAUGAACAUUGGGAAACGCCCAUUUUGUCAAAACUUUUACAAAUAGAAGUUAAUCGAUAUGGCUUGGUUCAUAACCAGUUAAAGUAUUUGCCAAUAAGAGUUGGUCUUAACCAAAAUCAUUGUUUACAAGUUGAAAAAAUACCAGGAAAUAAUUGGAUAACCAUAUGUUCAGAAGAUGACAAACUUUGUAAAAGCUAAAUAAAAGACCGUGUUAUCAUUUUCUUACCUAUGCAAAUCAAAUCAAUAGAAACAAUUAAAACACUUCUAUUAGUUCACUAACUAAAGCUGUAAUUAAUAAUUAUGCUAAUUUUGUAAAAAAUGCUUAACUACAAUGCUUAUAAAUAAGUGUCUGUAAAAUAUAGUUAUAUAUUCUUUAAAUCUAAUUAAAUGCAAUUUAAAAACUUUAAAA